AAUAUCAGUGUUGUCUAUGGCUUCUUAUAAGUGGUUCGCGCAGUAGAAAGUGCUCUAUUUGUAAAUAUUGUUAAACUGUAAAUAUUAGAAGAAAAAAAGUGUUUAUACAGCAAGUUUUGGUUUUUAAUAUUUAUUUAAGUGUUUUAUGGAUUUUAUUUGUCAUCUGGGACAAAACUAAGCCCUUGCAGGGUUAUCACCAUGGUGGUGGAAGCCAAUCCUAUUGGUGAUGCUCACUCAGAUGAGCGAGUCCACGGCGCGUCUCUACGUCCACGAGCAGGCGGCGAUGUGAUUCCAGAACGUUCCGUGAGCACCCUCGGCCUGAACAUGUCAUAUUCAGCGCCCUCUAACUUAGUGCUCACCCCGGCACCCGAGUGUCGCAAACUGUCCCGGGGUAUAUCAAGGGCAACAGAUAACGAAGGGCUGGUGUGGGCGCUACGAAGCAAUACCGAGCCAGAACCGAACACACUGACCUCCGAUCACAUACUCCUACUGCCGGAUAUAUCGGUAUAUCCGCCAGAUUUUAGGAUAUUUAUCGAAAAAGAUUUACUCGAAACAGCGACACUGGUAACACUAGAAUCAGCCGGUAUAUUAAACUGGUGGCGCCACGGUCGGGUCCCGGGGGCUCCCCGCUUGUUGCCGCUAGCGACAUCUGGCGAUGGGAAUUGUUUGCCGCAUGCGGCUUCUUUAGCUGCUUACGGGUUCCAUGAUAGAUUGCUGGCACUACGAACGAAGGUGCAAGCGUUGUUAUCUGGGGAAGGUGGUGAUGCUCUUACAAGAGCGAUAAAGCGGCGCUGGCGCUGGUCGGAGUCGGCGGCGCUGCGCUCGGCGGGGCUGACGCCGUCGGAGGCGGAGUGGGAGCGCGAGUGGGCGGACGCCGUGCGCGCCGCGUCCGCCGAGCCGCGGCCGCGCCCGCAGCCCGCCGCCGCGCCGCACUACGCCGGCCUGGAGCAGCUGCACGUGCUGGCGCUGGCGCACGUCAUGCGCCGCCCCGUCGUCGUCUUCGCGGACGUGGCGCUCCGGGAUUUCCGCGGGGACCCGAUAGCACCGAUCCCAUUCGGGGGCAUAUACCUGCCCUUGGAGUUAGAACCAGAAAUAUGCAGUAAAGCUCCAAUCUUGCUAGCUUAUGACGCUGGACACUUUUCAGCGCUAGUACCUUGUGAACCACUGCCCACUGAUGGAGCUAGAGUUCCACUAGAAGACCAGGCUGGAAACCCUAUGCCUAUACGCUUCAGCGUGGAUCCAGGCGAAGAUUUCAGAUGGGACAUCCAACCGGAACAGAGAACUAUAAACAAUCUCAUACCAGAUGAAUACCAAAGAUCGGCCAUGUUAUCCGCUUAUUUAGAUUUGGAGAACGUCGAGUGCCUCUCCCAAACCCCUCCACCGGAAGAAUUGAGAAGAUCUCUAGACGCGUUGUCCACAAAAAGUUCUAAACAGCUUAAUUCGGUUGCGAAACAGUUUGGGAGUAUUGGAAGGUCGAUGAGUAGUAAAUUGAAGAAGAACUUUGGGUCGGUGGCUAAGCUGGGCAGGAGUGGGAGUCAGAGUAACCCCGAGGAAGGGGCCCGUGGAGGGGGCAGUACGUGUGUGGUGCUUUGUUGUCGAGUGGCGGCCGCCCGAGCUCCAGUACAGGAAGAGAUGGUGAAAAACUACCUUAAUGAGGCUUGGAUAGGAUUCACAGCGGAAAAGAAUAGAAAAGAAGAAAACCGGACCGCGCCAACACAACCACGAUACGGUACCGGCCGUUCCCAAUUCUAUGCAGAAGCUGACCGGGCGGCCCACGAAGUGGCCAGAACGCUCACCACAAGAUCAGUGAAACCUGCACAGGAUCGAACCUUGUACCUUUCAAAAUCAACGUUCUAUGACGACCGCCCCCCCUCCCCUAAGCCCUGCCGCGCCCCCCUCUGUUUGUACUACGGUAGCCCGGCAAAUAAUGACUACUGUUCAAGAUGUGCAAAGUUACAGUAAGUGCUUCCGACUAAUAUAGUGGCUACUUAAUUAGUUUGCGUGACGAACUUAAUUAACUUUGGUACGUGUUAAGUUAUGCGUAUUAAUUUUUUAUUUUUUGUAAACGAAACUGAUUUCAAUCAGACAUGUCCUUUUAUAACGAAAAUGUUACAGACGUGCUUUUGUUCUUAGUGUAUACAUCUGUUUUUUACAGUCCGAAAUACUUUUAUAAGUUUAAACCUUCCCAAUAUCAAAUAUGUCCAAAAAUUUAAUGAGUAUUGUUUCAUACAUUAAUUGGAAUCUUGUAAAAUACAAAAUUAAAAAAAAAACUAUUUGGUUUAAAAUUGCUUAAAAACUGAAACAUUUACUAUUGAACUUACAUGAUAUUAUGUAAUGCGGCUUUAAUCCUGUUUUCAACUCAAUUUAGUAAUUGUAUUACCUAUGAAAAGGUAAAAUAAAAAUAAUUGUCUAAUAUUAA